AAGUACCAUUUCCAUUUCACCUCACUUUCGACUUCACUUCGUGUCAACGAAGACCACAGUGUUGAGCAUACUUUCGGGCCAGCGAGAGCAAUAAUUUGUCCCAUCAAAUCCGUUUUCACGAGACCCAUACAGCAUAACCCAGUUUUAUCUGCGAGGAUGCAGGUUUACCCCGAGGAGGUUUUGGUUUGAAUUUUUUUUGUGUUGUGCGAUCGAGGUUCGAUAUUGGUUGGGCCACUUUCCAUUUAGGAUAUACCAGAAUGGUUCAGUGAUACACAGGCGGAAAAGUUUUGGAAAUUCAUUUGGCGCCUUACAACUGGGAGAAAGAUGACACUCGCAUCACGAAUACUAUUCUUGUCAUUGGCCCUGAUGAAACUAUGUGCAUGCUCGGACAUCCUGAUGAUAACCUUAGGAGGGACGAAAUCGCACAAAAUUCCAUUCUGGGAAUUGGCGGGAGGGCUUGUGAACAGAGGCCACAACAUAACCUUUCUGAACGCCUUCCCAGCCGAUUUCGUUAUGCCAGGAUUAGAAGAGAUAACUCCCACAAAUCUAGUCUUUUUCGUUAGGAAUUUCACAAACUGGGAUCUCGUUGGAGCCAGGAUGAGGAACGAACUGCCAGUGCAUCCUCUGGACAUGAUAAGAUAUGGUUACAAAUCGUGCGAGGAGACUCUACAAGACCACGAAACAAACGAUAUGCUCCACAUCCACAAGUCCUUCGACCUGAUCAUCCUAGACGGCGCCUUCCCAGAGUGCGGUUUAGGAUUCGUCAAACACUACAAUGCGCCUUUCAUGUACAUCAACACUGUGGCAAUGUACACCGGCAGCCUAUCCCUGGCAGGUAACCCUAACCCUUACUCCAUCACGCCAUUCUUGGCUACUUCGUUCACUGACAACAUGAAGCUACACCAAAGAAUCACCAACGCCGUGUGGUACUUGGCCGGUAAUAUGCUCCACGCUGUAAUGACCAAGUUGAUGAUACAGGGAAUAUUGUCCAAAAAAUUCGGAUAUGACAUGCCGCCGAUAUACAAAAUGUCAAGUAAUGUGAGUUUUAUACUCCAGAAUUCUCAUCCAGCUGUAACAUACUCCAAGGCUUAUCUACCUAACGUAGCUGAAAUUGCUUGUAUACACUGUAAAGACCCAAAACCACUCCCACCGGAACUGGAGGAUUUCGUGAAUGGCAGCGGUGACGCUGGUUUCAUAUACUUCAGCAUGGGAUCAUCGGUGAAGGCCUUCAACAUGCCAGAAUAUUUCAGAAGGAUGCUCAUACGCGUUUUCAGACAACUGCCCCAAAGGGUGCUGUGGAAAUGGGAGGGAGAAGAUAUGGAAGAUCUGCCUGACAACGUGAAACUUGGAAGAUGGUUACCCCAACAGGAUUUACUCGGCCAUCCAAAAAUCAAAGCCUUCGUCACGCAUGGAGGCCUCCUGAGCAUGUUCGAGACAGUCUACCACGGCGUCCCCAUAGUCACCCUCCCAGUUUUUUGCGACCAUGAUGCCAAUUCCGCAAAGUCUGAAGCAGACGGUUAUGCCAUCAAGCUGGAUUUGGCGACAAUCAACGUAGAAUCCCUUCUGUGGGCUAUAAAACGGAUAAUACACGACCCCAAGUACCGCAUCGAGGUGCUCAGAAGACAGAAAGUAUUCAGAGACCAAAAGGAGACGCCUCUAGAGAGGGCAGUUUUUUGGACUGAGUAUGUUCUCCGGAACAGAGGAGCGAGCUACCUCCAGUCGCCUUCGAGGUUCCUCAGCGCCUCAGAGUACUACAUGUGGGAUGUGGCCUUACUAUCUCUCCUUUUAACCUUCUUGUUGUACUACAGCUUUCUCAAGCCAGCCUUCUAUGGCAUUUCCAGGAGAAUCUGUUCAAUCCACAGUGCGAAGGAGGAAAAAGUCGACUGAGAGGCUGUAGACUUAGUGAUGUUCUCAGUUCGAGAAAGAUAAAAGUUUUCAAAUUGUAAUAUCGAAUUGUUUCGAGAGAAAAAAGGUGAAAGACGUCUCGUAGGCGUUUAACAUCUGGCCAUGGGUUUCUCACACUUUGAUACAUCAAGGUAUGUAGAGGCUCUUUCGAAAAGUUGCUGAAUGAACUUUAAUAUGGGGAUUUAGAUCGUCUUAUUGAAUACACCUUUGAUAUAUGUGAUUUACUUUAUAGUUAAGAAAACGUGUGAAUAGAUGUGUACAGUAUGGUAGGAAUUAAGAUCACUUACAAAAAGUUUUUAAAAGGAUUUGAUAUUGUAUAUGAAAUAUAUUGCUUUAACCUUG